GUUUAAAACUGGCACGUGACCAUGCACGUGACCAUUUGCAAAGUCUGUGUCAACUUUCUGUACGUUUACUCAAUUUAGAAGUGUAUCGUGUGUGUAACAGCAAUUCAAACACAAAGGAAUGAGUCUAUGAACCAUAACACAUAUAUAAACCGAAUGGAUGAAACCAAACCAGAGACACCAGAUGUGCAAGGUACUGAUGAAGACAAUGGGAAAGAUGAUCCAGAUAUUACAGAAGUAAACAAAAGCCUAGAAAAAGAAGAUACAAAUAUGGCAGUUGGUAAUAAUGUUAAAGAAAAUGAAGACACAAAUGACCAUAAAGGUGAAGAAUUGGAAAAAUAUGAUUCAAAUGCAACUGAUGAACUACAAGUUGAAAUGUUGCAAGUCGAUAUGUCUGCGGUUGAACGGAUGUCAACUGCAACGCUUGGACUGGUGCUUCCAACACUACAGAAAGCAAAGGGCACGCUUAAUGAAUUGCUGACAAACCAAGAGGUACUAAUAGAAACAGUUCAACAAGAAAACACAAAGUUCCAAGAUACAGAAGCCUUGUUGCGACUUAAGGAAACAAUGCAACAGGCAAGGGUCUACCAUAACAAACUGAUCAGUUUGAAAAAGGAAAUGACGUUCCUUCUGGAUAAAUCCACAAAGCUUAAGUCUCGAGCAGUUCGCCUGCAACAGCAACGCCAGCGAGAAGACCUUGCGCGUGCAGCACAGCGGGAAAAGGAGCUGGAGCGUGAACAGAUGCUAAAGCCCAAGAUUGCGCAACCUUCCCCUCCCAAGACUGCCCAACGCUCACCUGCGCCGACAUGAUGUACCCGCAGAGCAAAGCUAGGCAUGAACAUUCCAGUGACUAUUGGCGGUUAUUGCCAAGUCAAUUUUAUUAAAAUGUGUUGGCAUUUGUUGGUAAUUGUAUCGAACAAAAUGAAACAAAAAAUGAACACAAUGACAGUGAGAUAAGCAUUGUGUGCUUUUUGUAUUGUAUUGAUCGCUCAUUGAUUUCUAAGGCCUAGGUUUUUGGAUGUUUUAAUAUAAAAUUAUAAUAUUUGUUAAAAUGAUCAUGGUUCAGUCAUGUAAAAUUAUGUCGAGAAAACAGUCUUUGAUCAAAAACUGUAAAAAAAAAGAGUUGUAUUAUAGCCAUUGUAUGAUAGUUUAAAAAAAUUGAAUAGCCAUUGGAUAUGUUAUGAUUCUAAAAUGCUAGUAAAGUUAUAUUAUAAUUUAUUGUAUUUAUUUAAAAACUAGAUUUUAGCAACUGCAACUUAACUUUGCAGUUUUUUGUACAAAGAAACUCAAAGGUGAGAAAUAAAUAGGCUUGCCUGUCCAUGUUAUGUGCAAUUUAUAUGCCGCAAUGUUUAUUUUUCCCAUGAUAUAUUCUGUGUUAUGAUAUCAGCACAAUUUUUAACAUGUGUUUCCCAUGUAUCUUGUUCAAACAUAAGAAUAAACUAUUGGAUGAUUA